UUGGACCGGUCGAGUUUUAAUUUUGCUUUCAGUUUGUUCUACGUGUUAAAAUCUAGUUUCCACUGACGAAGACACUUGAGGAUCAAGCACAGGAUGAGCCAAUAAACUUUGCGUCUCACACCAGUCUGAAGUAUUUGACAAACCCGGCCGAAUCCGCUUGAUGAAAAGAUGGCAAACCCUGCAAAUAUCAAAAGCUGUAAAGAAUUGGAACAACUGUUGAGUACAUAUGGACAGCAAAUACAGGAGCUGUGUCGUCUUUACAACACAAAAAGUGAAAAAGGCCAAACAAAAACUAUAAAGACUGAGGCAGAACAAAUCCAAAAGCUCUCCGAGGAAACUGAAGAUCAGUCAUUAUAUGUCUCAUCUAUACGCACUACUUUGGAAUCAGGAAUAGAAUUGAUAAAGAGAAUAAUACAGCAUCGGGACAAUGAUUCUGAUGUUGUCCAGCCGUGUUGUUCCCAGAGUACGGCCAGAGAAGGAGAUCUCAGUGAUACCGAAAGACUUGAUGUGAUUCAGCAUGAUCAACAGAUGUUGGAACUCAUUAAAUACCAAACAAAACACCACAGAGAAUCUCCUGCAUUCCUACUGAUGUUUAAUAACUUCAGAAGAGUGUGCCAUACAAUGGGCAUUAAUACAGCAUCAAAAAGACAAUGUCAAACUUGUGCCGGUGUCAAGUUCCAGGACUCAGCUGAAUGGGACCUGAUUAAACCCGUUGUGAUCUCAGAGGAUGCACCGAUGAAGUACAGUCUAAAGCUUAAACCAGGCCAUUAUGAAUGCAGCAGGACUGGUCUCCGUAUUGAAUGCUCCCGGUCUGUUCAGCUUGAGUAUCACAUCUGUGACUGGGAGUGUGUAAGUGAUUUUCUAGAAAUGCAGCAGUUUACACCGUGCGGCCCUUUGAUGGAUAUCGCCAUCAUCUCAGGAAAACUAAAGGCAGUCUAUCUACCCCACUUUCUGUGUUUAGGUGGAUCUCCCAUUAACGACGAAGUGAGGGUUGUUCAUGUUGAAGACAGUGGGAUUUCAUUUGAGAAAUGCACGAUAACUAGAUUCCAUGCCAAACUUCUGAACCACUCCUUCUCCCCGAAAGGUCUUCUUUUGAGGAGUGGCUUCUCUGUGAAUUAUCACUGCGAAACAUUUAUAUAUGAAACUCAGAAAUCAUUCCUGACACUUCAUGUGUACUUGAUUCCAAGUGAGAAAAAAAUGAUAGAGGCUGUUGAAAACAAUGAGAUUAAAAGCAAGACAAGACUCAUCUCAAAGCCAGGGCCUGUAUCCUCGCUUCAGACAAAGACUUGGUAUUCACUGAGGACGCUGGAUGAAAAUAAGGAAUCUGAGUGCAAAUUUGAAGUUCAACCCAAACAGUUAGAGCUCAAGUACAAACCCGUAAAACCAGACUUCUUUGAAGUAUUCAUUGAUACACCAAAGGACUUUCACCUUCAGCUGAUGCCAGAACAUCACGGUGAAGGUGUAUGGGAUGCCAAAAUACGUCAAGAUGAUUACAGCCAGAGAGUUUCUUCAGUGGGUAUGUGCAGUGUGCAGUGCUUCAUUAUGCAUUGA